AUCCCAUUCGUUGGAUUAAUGAUCACGCAUGCUUCCUUAUCAUUCCUUCUCUAAACGUUUCCUAUUUGUAUUGUUGAGAUCUAUUUUAGAUUCUUUUUCUCAAUUUAAUUGAUUCCUCUUCUUCUACUCUUUUAUUUAUUUAUUUAUUUCAUUUCAUCCACCUCUUGAGAGAUAAGUUUAACAGCUUAAUCCUCUUCCCUUUAGAUCAGAUCCGUUAUUGAGCUUUAUAAUAUUAUUAUACUCAAAAAGACUUGUGGUUUUCUCCAAAACAAGGAGAUGAAGAUGAGUUGCGACGAGCUUGGAGGCUCUUAUGCCGCCUCUCACAAGGGAAAAUUUGAAUGGGGGUUUUCUGAUUAUCAGAUGAUUUGUGAAACAUUAAGUUGUAAUGUUGAUGGUGAUGGCUCUUUUAAUGAUGUGUUCAGUGAUUUGUUGGGUUUCGGUAAUGAUGAUAGUUUGCCUGAGGAUCCUUUUUGUAUGAAUAUUAGAUCUACUUUGAACUCCAUCUCUGAUUGGUUUCAUGAGACUCAGGUUGGUUUAGUAUCACAGUCUCAUGGUGGUCUUGAUCAAAAGCUCUUUGAGACCAGCCUGGAUUGCUUUAGUACGGUGUUGCAGCAACAGAAGGUAUGCAGCUUGGAGGUGAAUGUUUUUGAGGGAUUAGAAGGUGAAGCCACUUUGCCUGAGGAUCCCUUUUGUAUGAAAGUUAGUGGUUUAGCAUCAGAGUCUCACUCUCAUCUUCUUGAUGAUGAUGAUGGUGAGGAGCCUCAUAAUGCGUUUGAUUUAGUUCUUCAGUAUCUUGAGAUGAAGGAUGUUCUUGCUGUUGAAGGAGUUUGCAGGUCGUUGCGUGACUCUGUUAGAAAAGAGUCUUCUUUUUGGAGAAUCAUUGACUUUAGUGAUUCUCCUCUUAAGUAUAGAGUAAGUGAUGAUUCUCUUGUGAAGCUAACACGCCGCGCUCAAGGCAGUCUUCAGUGUUUGAAUCUGGGAGGGUGUGUUAGUAUUACUGAUGAUGGAUUGAUGCAAGUGCUUGCAACCAAUACACGUCUCACAAAGCUGAGUGUAUACGGUUGUCAUAGACUAAGCACAAUAGGAGUAUUGUCCAUAUUAAAAGACUUGAAAUCCUCAAACCGACUUGGAGUCAAGAGCCUUAUCACUGGUGGGGCAUUAUAUUUCACAAAGGAGCAAUUUGAGGAACUGAACUUAUUACUUGGAGUUGAUGCUAAAGCGGGUCUAAAAUCCAGGAGGCAGAGAUUGUAUACAUCAUGUAGGUCAGGAUUCUCUUUAGAGGAAGAUGGAGGUACUGACAUAGAGAUAUGCCCGUGGUGUGAGAAACCAAGUCUGGUGUUUGAUUGUGCAUCAGAGACCUGUCCACUGAAGGAUCAUCCUUGUCCUAAACAGUCGUGCAGAGCUUGCGUAGUCUGCAUAGAACGUUGCCACGACUGUGGGAGUUGUUUGAAUGAUUGUGAACAUAAGCCGUUUUGUUUUGCGUUCAGCUGUGUGAUAUGCUAUAAGAAGAGGUCUAACCAGCUACAAGAGUUGCUUUGAAUUCAAAACACGUGAAGAAGGUUACAGAAAGCAUUAAACAAAGUCGAUGAGGAGAGCUGCAUUAGGGGGAAGAAGGAAACAUAACAAGACUCGGAAGGGCUUUUUGUAUUCUUGUGAUGCAGCUUAAGAUCUUAGCUAGGCUUGAUCCUGCAACUCCAUUAAAGGAGAAGACACAUGGAGAGAAGCAAAGACGAGAGAGCUUUGUGGAAUGUACAUGAGAAGAGAUAGACACCAUUUGUAUUUUUCUUUUGUUUUCCUAUAACUUCACAACUUUGCCCCCAUUUGGUGUGUUGAAUGUAAUGGAAUGGUAGUUAUGAUGAAUAUGGAAUUAAGUAAUAACGAAU